UGGAAAACCGCUUUCGUGUCUGCCUCUCUCUGUCUCUCUCUUUUCCGUGUCGUGUGUACUUCUGCAACCCUUGUACUGUGAAGCCUCAGCCGUUUACAUAGUUAGAUUUUAUGAUGUCAUAUUUAUUUAUUUUUUAAAAAUCUCCUACUCUUCUCUCUCUCACUUGGCGUUGGCGUACUUUCUUCUUAAUCUGAGUUUCGAUAUUCAUCUCGGAUUCGACGAUCUCAGGUAGACGAGAACCAACAGAGAGGAAGUCUACCAAUCGUAAGGCAACGCGAGAACAAGAGGCCCAAACACGCAACCAACGGAGACAGGAAAUCAAUCAUCUUAAGAACAAGGUUCGAAAAGGAUAAGGUUUUGUGGGGGGUUUUUGAUUCUGUCUCUUUGAAUGGAAGCUAAGAUGACGGCAGUGGUCCGGAGAAUGGCUGCUUUUGCAUUUGCUUCUGCCUCAGGUCUGCUUCAGACUCAUCCCCUAAGAAGAGGUACUCUGAACAACUUCUUGCACUGUUCCUCUGUCUUAAGCUGUCGGAGAUCGGCUUUUUCCGAUGUUAGAGAUCGCGGUAUGUCAUACAGAGAUAUAUUGAGAUGUGGGCUUCAUGAUUGUCAUGCCGAGUAUGCUGUUGAUUUGUUCGAUCAGAUGGUUCAGUCUCGUCCCGUACCUUCCAUCACCGAUUUUACUAAACUAUUGAGUGCAAUCAUGAAGAUGAAACAGUAUGAUGUUGUCAUUUUCCUCUGCAAGAAAAUGGAAUUGCUUGGGGUUUCACAUGAUAUCUACUCUUUGAAUGUUCUCAUCAACUGUUUCUCCCACUCUCCUCAAGUGUUUUUGGGUUUAUCUGUCGUGGGCAAAAUCUUGAAACUCGGUUACAAGCCGAAUGUAGUCACCUACACUACCCUAGCUCAUGGUUUCUGUAUCCACGGAAAGAUUUCAGCGGCUUUAAGCUUGGUUGACCAAAUGGUGGAAGAGGGAUACAAACCUAAUGUUGUAACAUUUAGUACUUUGAUCAACGGGCUUUGCCUAGAGGGUAGAGUUUCUGAAGCAUUGAGUUUACUUGAUCAGAUGCAAAAGAUGGACUGUCAGCCCGAUGUAGUUACAUUUGGCAUUGUUAUAAAUGGGGCCUGUAAGGCAAGAGAUCAUGCGUUGGCUAUGAAUCUACUUGAGAAGAUGGAAGAAAUGCAUAUUGAGAUCAAUAUCGUAAUUUAUAAUACGAUCAUCGACUAUCUUUGCAAAACCGGACACGUGGAGGGUGCACUGAACCUUUUCGGAAAGAUGAGUAGUUGUGGGAUUGUACCAAAUGUAGUAACUUUUAAUUCAAUGAUAAAUGGUUACUGCAAGUCUAAUAGAGUCGAUAAGGGUAUUAAUCUCUUUUAUGAGAUGUCUCGAAGAGAAUUGGUUGCUGAUGCGAUUACUUACAACAUCCUCAUCCAAGGGUUUUAUCGAGUAGGCAACGUUGGUGCUGCCCAAAAGGUUUUCAUGGAGAUGCAGUAUAAGGGUCAUCGUCCUGAUCUUGUGACUUACAACAUUGUGCUUGAUGGACUUUGUAAGAAUGGAAAAACGGACAUGGCACUUUGCCUAUAUAAUAAGUUGGAUAAGAAUGGGAUUGACCUCCAUAUACCUCUCCAUAGUUGCAUGAUGCAUGGUUUGUGCAAGGUUGGGAGGGUUGACGAAGCGUUGAUAUUAUUUAAUAAGCUUCUUGACAGAGGGGUGAAGCCGAAUGUUAUCAUGUAUAACAUAAUGAUCUCCGGUCUUUGCGGGAAAGAUUCACUCUAUGAAGUCGAGAAGGUAAUUGGGAAGAUGAAAGAGGAUGGUUGUUUUCCCGACGCUGGUACAUAUAACGCAUUGAUCAGGGGUCGUCUUAGAAGUCGCUUUCCAUCGAUGGUUAUCGAGCUGAUACGAGAAAUGCGGAUCAAUGGCUUUUCUAUGCAUGCAUCAACCUCAAAUAUGAUAAGGGAUAUGGUAUAUGGAGGUAUAUUGGAUAAGGGGGUUUUGGAUCUCCUCUCUUAGUAGAUGCAAGUACUAAACGGCUGAUGAGAAGAGCCAACAUCGCAUGGUUGUAUGUUUGAUGAGAAGAGCCAGAAACUUCAAGCUAUGAGUUUCACUUCCUCUGUUUUCAAUGUCAUGGAGCAGAGGCAGCGGCAAAUGAUGUAUUGAGGAAUCAAUCUGAUAUACGGUGUUUGUUUAGCAAUGGGCGUUCAAUGGAAGCGGAGGCUGAAGCAAGAAGGGGCUGUCGAGAAUCAGAAUACGGCUUCUCCUGAUGGACAGUUACUGAGAUAUCAGCCUCCAAGACCGAGAAGAAGCAAAAUGGAUGGGACAGAGCCAAACAUAUGGACAAGCUGACCGAACAGGCAAGAGCCAUGAUCCUUGGGUGUUCCAAGUGUUUUGGUGUAAGAACACUUCUGCCCCUGGAGCUUCGAUCCACUCCGAAGCAUGAUUUCAGAUGCCUUUUCAUGACAAAUCAUUCCCCUCUUGUUGGGAAAAAAAUCAAAGGUGAGAGAGUCUGUGGUUUGUGUCUCAUUUGUUACAAAAAGAAGAAGCAAUGCAAUCCGUGCGCCGAAAGAGGUCAGAAUCUCUGAUCCCGCUUCCGAUCUCUGAUAUACGUUUGUCGGCAACUGGAAAUCAUUAGCUGUUUGGGUUUCCCUGACAAGCUCUGCAAUGUGUGUUUCGUAGCUUUCGGAGACGGCCUAAACAUGGGUGAAGGCCCAGAAGCUCCAAGGGGUCAAUGGUGGAUAAUAAAAGGGAAGUUGGAUAACUAAGCCUGAUGCCGAGGAGGAGCUGCCGAGUGGAUUUCACAUUUGUUCAUACACUUGUCUGGGAUUAGAUCCGACACUUGGGCGGUUGACACGUGGCGUUGUAGGGUCCUUGUUCGUGAUCUUACUGAAAUCAUCUGCAUAUAUGUACAAGCAUAUUAUCGCAGAACAAGCAAAGAUACAGCUUUAGUUCCACUCUUUCUCUACAUAUUUACCAACCCACCGUUUCAUUAUAGGUUUAAUGCAAAGGGAUAACACUUGGGCACUUGACACGUGCCUCUUCUUACAUGAUUCCA